GCGGGCGGGGCCGUGGCGAUGGGGAAUCUGUUCGGGCGCAAGCGGCGGAGCCGGGUUACCGAGCAAGACAAGGCCGUGUUGCAAUUGAAACAACAGCGGGACAAAUUAAAACAAUAUCAGAAAAGGAUAUCUCUGCAUCUGGAGCGGGAGAGAACGGUUGCUCUGCAGCUCCUGAAAGAUGGCAAGAAAGAAAAAGCCAAAUUGCUGCUGAAGAAGAAGCGCUAUCAAGAACAGCUGCUGGAGAAAACAGACAACCAAAUUAGCAACUUGGAGCGCAUGGUCCAGGAUAUUGAGUUCACCCAAAUCGAGAUGAAAGUGAUUGAGGGCCUCAAAAUUGGCAACGAGUGCUUAAAUAAGAUGCAUCAGGUUAUGUCAGUAGAAGAAGUGGAAAGGAUCAUAGAUGAAACCCAAGACGCUAUAGAGUACCAGAGGCAAAUAGAUGAGAUGCUGGCUGGCAGCUUCACAGAAGAGGAUGAAGAUGCCAUUUUAGCAGAAUUAGAUGCCAUCACUCAGGAGCAGAUUGAUCUUCCAGAAGUUCCCUCAGAGCCCCUCCCAGAAAAGAUUCCAGAAACAUCGCCCAUCAGAGUCAAGCCAAAGACGGAAUUGGUGGCAGCGUCUUAACUCCGCUUCCUGGGAGACCACUGCAGGGAAUCCGGGAAUCCCAGCGUGCCUGGGGGGGUGAGAAGGGCCUCCGUGGUAUCCUGCUGGCAGUAGACAGCCAUGCUGGAGCAGAUUUCCUGCACGGAAUGGAAGCUGCAGCUGGUUAUUGUUCCUAUAUCGAGAUGAAUUUUUUUUGUAGUGCGAUCUCUCCUCCUCUUUUGUAUACUGGAUUAAACAGUGACUCUCAAACCCUUGAAGCCAAAUGCUUUCUGCAGAGCAGAUUCCAGCUGCAAACCUGCCUCGGAUGCCAGCGCAGCCUCUUGCCUGUGCCCUCCUGUUGCCCUUUUGAGCUGAGGCGCUGUGAACAGUUACAAGUUUUUCUGCUAUACUACAGAAAGAACUGCUGGGGAUGCUCUCGGCUUUUGUCUUGACUCUUUUUCAGUUCUCUGGAUUUUUGAGUGGAUUCUCUUGGCAGGAAUGGAUUUCACAAACAUCAGGUUGUACCUGUUAGACCUGCUUGCUUGACAGUGGGAUGGGAGUAUCAUUUCUGUGGGUAGUGAUUUCUUCUUGUGCUAACCCACUAGUGGAGAUACCAGAAGAGCCUCCCAGGUUGAAAUUGUGCUUGGGAGGUGAAUAUGGUUAUAGUUCUAUGCAGCAGGAAGCAGAGCCAGACUGGGUCUCUAAAAGACAGAAGGACUAUUUCCCACUGGGUUGACCUAAAGCACUUGCUAAGAAUUCAUACCUAAGCAUCCCACACAGGAACUGGAUCGCGAUGGUGGGAACUGUCUGCUGUAUCUACUGUUCCUCUGCUUACAAGAGGGAGGAGUCAGGAACAUGGCGAGUCAGUGCUACCCACAUGGGGCUAAACAUCUUCCCCUCCCUUUAUUAUAUAAGACCUGAAUUAUUCUUUUUUUCUCCUGAAUGUUAGAAAGGGCUGGAUCCCGGUUAACUCAGUGGUAUUGCUGGCUGCUUUCCUUGGAUGGUGAAAACUUCACUCCAGGCCACGUGACUUCAGGCACCCUUAAUCUCUGGCCUGAGCUACCCUUGCAGUUGGUAACCUCCCGGGCUGUAUCCCAAAUUCUCUGUCCUUUAGAGCCAGCUGGCAUGCACUGAUGCUUGUAUCCAUAUUACCUGCUGUGGUUGUGUGGCUUGUGUCUCUGUAGGGGCAGUUACAUAGGCCAAAGCUGGGUGAGGGGCGAAUGUCCUUGUGGCAAUACAUACCUUAAGAAUAGUAGAGAUUCCCACCAGCCAACCUUUUUGCUCCCUGGAGCCCACAGCUUAUAGCUGAAAACAGUCCCCGUCCUACCCUGACUGGCACAUACAAUUCUAUCGUCGUGUUCACACAAAAGAAGAGGAGCAUAAUUGGGCAUUUUGGAACGUGAUGUAUUUGCAGAGGGUUUUCACCCUUUGGGUCUGUUGUUUGAAGGCAUCCUAGCUGCGUCCUUCUCCGCUGGCAGCUUCUGUUGUACCAGCCAUUGUCUCUAGGGCUCAGCUUCUUAAUGCCACAUCUGUAGUGUCCCCUUCCCCCAAAUACUGUGAGUAAUGUUCAGAUUGCUAAGCAAUGAAUUAGAUAGAUCUCCCUUGAAUCCAUUGUUUACACUUAAAUAUCCUCCCUACUUUUAUAAUGGUGUUGGGUUCACAUUGCAGCAUUGGUCUUGACACCAUUCAGCCAGGCUUAACACCAGAGAGUGAACCAAGAAAAGUAAUGUGAUUUCUUAAAGAGCUGGUUUGCCUGUUGCUUCCUGCUGUUAUAUUCAUGGUGUCCACCAGGCGGCAAUCAUGUCCUUGCCUGUUCCAUUGCUGUGGAUGGGAGACUGUUACUUCUUUAUUCCUCCUCCCUUUUGCUCAGCCUCUCGCUCUGGGUUCCUUUUAUUUGUUUGUUUUUUAAAGCAAAUGGAAAAAUGGAUGGGAAGGAACAUCAGGCUUUCCCCCUAGGAAUUAUAUUAACAUUCAGCUCCCUUGUGAGGAUCCUUAGCAAGCUCUGUUGGGUCCAGUUAACCACUGAGCCCUGCUGCCUGGGGGAGAGGAAAAAAGUGUUUUUUCUCCUUCACUGCUGAUAAGUACAGACAAGGGAAAGCUCUUGCGAAGACUGGUGUUUUCUGGCCCUGUGGGAGACAGCACUGCAGAUGAGCAGAAAUGCCCUUUGAAAGGAGCCUCCGGAGCUACCAAAAUUGCUGACCUCCUCUGAUUUCUGGGUGGGUGCUUCUGUGGCUGAAACCAGAUUGAAUUUGAGCUGCUGUCCUGCCUCCAUGAAAGCUCCAGACACUCCAAUUUACCUGCGUGAGCAGAACAUUUCUCUCUCUCGAACUGAACUGCAAAGGCCAGAGGCAGAAGCAGGUGCGGUACA